CCGAUUUUUUCGGUGGUAAGUUGAAGUUGAGAAAGCUGUUGUUGUACAGGCUCAUGCGCGUUAACAUUAGAGCUGUUUAUUAGCUAAAAUACUGGUGUUGGGCUACGUUUCUACAUUUCAGCAAUACUUUAACUCAAACAACGAUGACUGGUUCGAAUGAGUUUAAACUGAACCAGGGUCCGGAGGACAGCAUCUCCGCAGUGAAGUUCAGCCCCAGCACAGCGCAGUUCUUGCUGGUGUCUUCCUGGGACUCCACUGUCCGUCUCUUCGAUGUUGGGGGUAAUUCCAUGAGAAUGAAGUACCAGCACCUGGCGCCCGUGCUCGAUUGUGCUUUUUAUGACCCCACGCAUGCCUGGAGUGGGGGUCUGGAUAUGCAGUUGAAAACACAUGACUUAAAUACUGACCAAGACACAAUAGUGGGAACACACGAUGCCCCAAUUCGUUGUGUGGAAUACUGCCCAGAAGUCAACGUCAUGGUAACGGGCAGUUGGGAUAGGUCCGUUCGACUGUGGGACCCAAGGACCCCCUGCAAUGCUGGUACCUUUACCCAGCCUGAAAAGGUCUACACGCUUUCUGUGGCAGGGGACAGGCUGAUUGUGGGCACGGCGGGGAGGAGGGUCCUGGUGUGGGACCUGAGGAACAUGGGAUACGUCCAGCAGAGGAGGGAGUCCAGCCUCAAGUACCAGACCCGCUGCAUCCGAGCCUUUCCCAACAAGCAGGGCUACGUGCUGAGCUCCAUCGAAGGCCGCGUCGCCGUGGAGUACCUGGACCCCAGCCUGGAAGUGCAGAAGAAGAAGUACGCCUUCAAGUGUCACCGGCUGAAGGAGAACGGCAUCGAGCAGGUCUACCCCGUCAACGCCAUCUCCUUCCACAGCGUCCACAACACCUUUGCCACAGGCGGUUCGGACGGGUUCGUGAACAUCUGGGACCCCUUCAACAAGAAGCGGCUGUGCCAGUUCCACCGCUACCCGACCAGCAUCGCCUCGCUGGCGUUCAGCAACGACGGCUCCACCCUGGCCAUCGCCUCGUCCUACAUGCAGGAGCAGGGCGACAUCAGCCACCCCGAGGACGCCAUCUUCAUCCGCCAGGUCACCGACGCCGAGACCAAGCCCAAGUCGACCUAAACCCAUCCCGGGAGCAGGUCUUCAGGCCGCGUCGCCUCGAACCCCGGUCUGAGGCCUGCGUCUCUUGGGGGAAUAUCUGCUGGCAUCCAGUUGAACAUGAAUCCUGCUCCCUUUUUUUUCUGCUGUCCUAUAAUCCGCCUGUGUGUUUUUUACUUGUAUUUCUGAAGAGUAGGGUUGUGUUGAAGGCCACAGCCACGCACACCAUCUACUCUCUGACUAAUUUUAGUGCUUUUUAUUCUGAAUUUUCUAACUUUUGUAAUGUGAUCAUUGUUAAUGUUCUUUACAACUUUGCAAAUGUUUGUUCUGCUCGACACUGUAUUCACGUGACAUUUUCCUUUUUUUAAACUGCUCAUUUAAUUUUUAAAAGGACAUUUCUCAUAGUUUAUGCUAUGUAUGAAACAUUUAUUUUAAAAUUGCUAUCUUUCUGUAUUGAUCCAUGUCUGUGCAGCUGUAUCACUGCUGCUCUUCUCAAACAUGGAAUUACUGUAGCCAAUUAUACCUGAAAGUUACUGUUUUGCUUAAGUGUUUCUGCUAAAACAACAGUAUUUUCUCA